GGUCGGCAAGGUGGGGGUGGCGAGCGUAGCAGCUAGCACCGGCAAGACCCCCGGCUCGGAGCAGCGGCGCUCGGUGUUUCCGCUGGCGGAGAGCUGAGGGCUGUCCGCUUCCUCGUGGUUCCCGCGCGGGUUACGAGUCCAGACCGCGGCGGGGGCCAACGGCCCCUCCCCUCCGAGGAUAGAAGAUGAGCUUCCUCUUCAGCAGCCGCUCUUCCAAAACGUUCAAACCAAAGAAGAAUAUCCCUGAGGGCUCUCAUCAGUAUGAACUCUUAAAACAUGCAGAAGCAACUCUGGGAAGUGGGAAUCUGAGACAAGCUGUUAUGUUACCAGAGGGAGAGGACCUCAAUGAAUGGAUUGCUGUUAACACUGUGGAUUUCUUCAACCAGAUCAACAUGUUAUAUGGGACUAUUACAGAAUUCUGCACUGAAGCAAGCUGUCCAGUCAUGUCUGCAGGUCCAAGAUAUGAAUAUCAUUGGGCAGAUGGUACCAAUAUUAAAAAGCCAAUCAAAUGUUCUGCUCCAAAAUACAUUGACUAUUUGAUGACUUGGGUUCAGGAUCAGCUUGAUGAUGAAACUCUUUUUCCUUCCAAGAUUGGUGUCCCGUUUCCCAAAAACUUUAUGUCUGUGGCGAAGACCAUUCUAAAGCGUCUGUUCCGGGUUUAUGCCCAUAUUUAUCACCAGCACUUUGAUUCUGUGAUGCAGCUGCAAGAGGAGGCCCACCUCAACACCUCCUUUAAGCACUUUAUCUUCUUUGUUCAGGAGUUUAAUCUGAUUGAUAGGCGUGAGUUGGCACCUCUUCAGGAAUUAAUUGAGAAGCUUGGAUCGAAAGACAGAUAAAUGUUUCUUCUAGAACACAGUUACCCUCUUGCUUCAUCUGCUAGAACUCUCUCAUUGCUCUCUGUUAUAGACUAGUGAUACAGACUUUUAAAGAACAGGAUUAAAAAGACACCUGUUGUUUGUGUCUACUGAUAAAAUUGUCCCAAAGGUAGGUUGGCCUAAUCCUUCAGUGAGAAAUUCAAGACACAGCUGAAUCUGAGGCACUGUGUGACCACUCCUGUUAUUGUCAGAGUCAUACUUGGUUGUAAUAUGUGAUGACUAACAUAAAGUCUAUUAGUUUACUUAUGCUUUUACUGAAGAAAAUGUGCUUCGGGUAGCAGCAUAAUGACUAUUGAGAAUUCCCACCAAUAAUUUAUUAACAGGUUUCCAGAGCAAAUUACCUAAUAAUGCAUUCAGAUCUGUUUUAUUCUGCUUUUAUUUACACAUAGAAGAGAUAUUUUUAAGUUUCCUUAAGAUUUAGAACAUUUGUGUGUUACUUUGGAUAACCUUUUAGUUUGAAGUUUGUAUGCUAGUGUUUUUAUAGAUAAGAAUAUAUAUAUAUAUAUAUAUAUAUAUAUGUUUAUUUUUUCAAAAUUCAUGAUUGCAUUUUAAAUCCUCAUAUGACCUGUGUGGUUGGUAUGGGAGUAACCAGAGUUAUUUCUAAAAUGACUUUAUUUUUUAAUCUUUAUUUGGGAUUUUAUUCACAUAAACCUAUCUAAAUUUUUAGGAGUGUGUAUAUCACAAAUAAUUUUCUUAAGGCAUGUAAGGGUAGUCUUUUACAUUUUUAUUUUGAAAUGCUUCAUUCAGAUUAAUUUGAAUAGGUAGCUUUUGGCUGAGAAAAAGACUGCAAAAAAUUAUAACAAAUUUAGGUCUCAGAACCACUAUUUUCAUUCAUGUUGUUUUUCAGAGGCCUUGAAAUUCUGGAUAGGAGAAUGGAAGAAAGUACUCAGAGUACUUGAUUAUUUUCUUUUGAGUGUCCUUUAAAAAAAAAAAAAAAGAAUUACUUCUAUAUGUUUUUGUUGUGACUUGAGACUUAAUUAAGAGUAGUGUAGAAAUACUUAAUCUUUAUCCCAAUAAGGAUAAAACUUAAGGAAGACCAUAAUAAAAAACCUUGAAGGUGUACACAUCUUAUUUUAUAACACAGCUUAGUUUGGUGUGCUGUGUGUGUGUUUGUGUGUGUGUGUGUGUGUGUGUGUGUGUGUGUGUGUGUGUUGAAGGGAAACAAAAUGGGAGGAAUAAGUAAAAAAUCUUACUUCAUUCUGUUCGUAGUCCAAGGAUGGAUUGAGUCCCCAUAGGUUUAAUCCUGUUUUAAUUGUUUUUGUAUCAAAACUUGAAAUUCUUCUAUUGGGAUAAAAAGAAUCUUCCCCUUUAGUGAAAUAAAAGCCGUUAGGUUUCUA